CAGGUGAGCAGUCGCUGGUCGUCGGGGCGGCCGGCCCGCACGGCGGCUCCAGGGCCCAGCAUGCGCCGGGGGACCCCGCGGCCACCAUGUACGUGGGCUAUGUGCUAGACAAGGACUCCCCGGUGUACCCCGGCCCCGCCAGGCCCCCCGGCCUUGGCCUGGGCCCACCAGCCUACGCGCCCCCGGGCCCGGCGCCUGCGCCUCUGCAGUACCCGGACUUCGUGGGCUACACGCACGUGGAGCCGGCCCCCGCGCCCCCUCCGGCCUGGGCCGCGCCCUUCUCUGCGCCCAAGGACGACUGGGCCGCCGCCUAUGGUCCCGGGCCCGCGGCCCCGACUGCCAGCCCGGCCCCAUUGGCCUUCGGGCCCACUCCGGACUUUAGCCCGGUGCCCGCACCCUCGGUGUCGGACCCAAGCCUCCUGGCGCAGCCCCUCGGCGGCCCGGGCGCACCGUCCUCGCCGGGAGCGCAGAGGCGGACGCCCUACGAGUGGAUGCGGCGUAGCGUGGCGGCCACAGGCGGCGGUGGCAGCGGUAAGACUCGGACCAAGGACAAGUACCGCGUGGUCUACACGGACCACCAGCGCCUGGAGCUGGAGAAGGAAUUCCAUUACAGCCGGUACAUCACCAUCCGGCGCAAGUCAGAGCUGGCCGCUAACUUGGGGCUCACAGAGCGGCAGGUAAAGAUCUGGUUCCAGAACCGGCGGGCCAAGGAGCGCAAAGUGAACAAGAAGAAGCAGCAGCAGCAGCAGCCACCUCCCACACAGCUACCCCUGGCCCUGGAUAGCACCCCCACUUCAUCAGGGCCACCCCUGGGUAGUCUGUGCCCCAGCAACGCGGGGCUCCUGGGCACUUCCUCCCCAAUGCCUGUCAAGGAAGAAUUUCUACCCUAGCCCUUUCCAUUCUGGGGCUCAGGGACCUAGGGGCUUAGGUUCUGGGCAAUAGCUUCCGCUGUUCUGAGUUCUAGGCCUGCUAGCGACCUUUGGGGUCACUGUGGACAAGUCGCCCACCCUCUCCCUGCCUCCCUUUGGCUGGGCUGUGUGAUAAGCCUAUUCGCCAGGGAACUCUUCCAUCUCCUAUAUACUAGGUCUCAGGAUGAGGAGUUCAGUGGGAAGUCUCAAUCACCUGGUAACAUCUCAAGAUCCAGAGGGCUUGAUGAGGAGUCAAGACAAGCCUGGGGCCUUACUUCCUCCUCUGGAGCUCCAGAGUAAGGUGGAAGGCUGCUUCAUGGAACAGACUGGCCCUAGAGAGAGGAGACAGUAUUGUGAAAAGGUGGCCUGUAUGUAGUCCACCAUGUGAAGGGCAAUAAUGAUAUCUGCCUCCUCCUGCAGCCUCACCUCCACCUGACCUAUUGACACAUGCCUCGGCCCUCCCCAGCCUGGAGGUGGCCACAAAGCCAGCAGGACUGGACCUGAGGGGGAGGCUCAGCAACUGACUGCUGCUCUCAGGAUAGAACCUGUCCCCUCCCUAGCACUUCAGGGAGACCUGCAGAUGGAGGGGAGGCCUCUCAGGGUAGAAACAGAGUCUGCCUGCUCACGCCCAGCUCCCCACAGGCAUCAUACCCAGGGAACCCCCAGACACAUCCACUGGACCAUGUGGAGCUCAUAGCUAGUUGGGUUAAGUAGAGUGGACUCUCUUGGAUGUGGCUUCAAGAAUAAUUUUUCCCUCUUUUUAAAGAAAGUGUAAA